AUGUCUGGGGGCUUUUCUACCGAUGGCUCCAAAUGGGGUGUUUAUAAAGACUCAUUCGCACCGCCACCACCGAGUCGAAUAGUAAAGGCAUGGGAACGCGCUCCGAGAACAGCAACUGCCCCGCGUUUACACGGUCAAAAAGUCUGGAAAAGACCUGGGCUUCGGUCACACGACAACAAGGAGAAUCACGAAGCUGCGCAGGCUGAACUGUUAAAAGGCGGGCUUGGGUCAAGGAAGCGAGCACGUAUUCAAGGCGCGAAGGAAAACAUCAGUGAUCCGAAAUGGUUGGAUAAUGCGGUUGCUGGCGACAUCAGUGGGGAUGCGCCUGGGAUUGUGGAAGAUGAGGCUCGAUUGUCUAAAUCUUGUGAGGAAGUGGAUGCGUUGCAGAGGAUUCCGAGGAAAAGAACGAACGCGGAUCAUAUUCUUACGCCUCGAAAGCCGCUACAGAAGAGAUCCAGCAGCGAAGCCAACCUUGUUCUGAGUCCACUGAAGGUUUUGCUGUCACCAGAGAAACAGAAGAACAGAAGGAAGUCGGUUCGUAAGAGUUUCCGAAGGACUAGUCUUAUAAGCCAGGAUAUACAGGCUGCCAGUCCUCGUCGUGAAUCAUCGCGGCAAUCCGAACUGUUCGAUAUAUCAAUGUUUAGCGACGUCGCUGAGCUACCCGAAACAAUAGCGACAAACAUCAUCUCGCCUGUAGUAAAGGCCAAAGUUAAUGUACCGGAGAUGGAGCAUGUAGAUUUCAGGGUAGAACUACCUACCGAAGGUACCAUCAAUACUCCACCCCGGCUUCGAAUCGAGUUGGAUUCCCAGGAGAAGAGUGUGAUAGAAUUGGAGGCAGACCUGUUGGCGAGGGAAGAGAUGGAAGCAACACAUUCGGUUUUUCUAGCGGAGGAUAGCAACCAGGCUACUGAGGAAUCAGUUGACAACAGCGAGGCUACUUCAAUGAUUUCUGUGUCCGCUCCCCAAAGUCUGAGGGAGAAAGCUACAGUGGCGACUGUGUCGGAAGAGAAGACUGAAAACGCUGAAAACGAAUCCAUCUCAGCGCCGCAGAGACAUUUUUUGACAACGGACGAGAGUCUUCCAAGUCCGACAGCUGUUAACACACCGGUCAAAGUUGCAGCAAAAAGAAGGCCAGCCACUGAGAAACCUGCUACUCGUCAUACCACUCGAGUGACACGGAGAAGUUUGAGGCAGCCAGAUCUUUUUAGCAUUGAGCCACUCAGGGUCACUCGAAGCAGGAGUCCUCGGAAGAGAGCGGUUCUAGUUGACAUCACGCCAGUUAAGAUGAAAACUUACCAUGAAGGUGAAUCUGAUUCUGACGAUGAGGCAAUCCAUCAACAGCUGUUUGAUUGUCCAUCGCCUCGCAAAGCUUCGCGGGAUAUCCCUUCAGCAGACAAUUCAAUACCAAACCUCGAUCUGUCUACGAAAGAAAAUGCAGAUGAGUCGCGACAACAAAGUGAGCUAGCUGAGCCAACAGAGCCAAACUCACAAGAGGAAACCAGUGAAACACCGACUAGUAGCAACUCUGCUAUGGUCAUGGCGUCUGAAGUCCAGACAACUACCGAUUCAGUUCAGGCGGAAACGACCUCUGAAGUGCCCUCUGAAAUUGACCAAAUCCCUGAGAUUGAUCAAGGCUAUGCCCAAACAAAUGUCACCCCUCCAAGCGAAGCCGUUGCAUCUUCUAUUCAUGCUGGAUCACCUUCACCUGUUCGUCCUGCUUUGGUGCACUUUGAGCCCACAGAAGAUGAUUCAAUACUCUCAAACGACCCCUUCACAGAAGAAUGCCAGGAAGAUUCUACGCUACCAAUCGAUGGCUGUGAGGAUUUGGAGAGCACCCUUGAAUCAUUUGAACUCAUGGAACCAAUAACUAUAUCUCUGUCGACAAAUACAGCUGUCGAACAUGGGAGCGAACACGACGAUGACGCUUCCGAGGAUAUGACAGAGAACAUCACCGUGGAAGUGGCAGUGGAUACCACGCAAGAAUUGAAGCUAGGCAGCUACGAUGAAGACGAUACUGACGUUCUUUUCAAUUUCCUCACUCGUGUAAAGGCAGACAAAGCUGCGAAGGCUGAUAAAGAACCGAUCAAGAGAAAGAGAUCAUUACCUCAUUCUCCUAUUCGAUUAUCUCUCGGCGACGAGGGUGUUGAUGAGCUUGCUUCUCCCGAAAUUGUCCAGAAAGAUCCUUUCGAUGUCAGCCUCCCUAGCGAGUCGCCGAAAAAGCGAAGGAAGACAAGUAAAGCACCACGGAAUGACGAAGAUGGGACAGAGCCCCAGUCAUUUAGGAGAAGCGGGAGAACCAGAUUGCCAGUGACCAAGUCCAUGCUGCCUGCUCCAAACUUCAUCUCUAUUGGUCGACCUAAUGGAGACACUACCGUUAACUUGAAGAAAGACCACGACAGAGAGCUGGCGUCACUCACACGAAACAAUACGCGAAAAAAUAAGGGAGCAGCUCUUCACCCGCAAGCCCUACUUUUGAAACAAGCAGGCGGAAAGGAGUCUCCAGCCUCGCGUCAUAAAGCAUUGAAGGAGGUCUUUGACGAAAAAGCACACAAGAAGCAAGGCAAAAAGAAGAAGACUGUUGUCUGGGCCGAGGAAUUGACGCAGUUUCAAAGCGUAGAAAAGAAAGAGAUCGUCGCAGCUGCACAAGGAAAGAGCGUUGAAGUGGCCAAGGUGGAGAUCAAACUCGAGCCAGUGAAGGAACCCGAGAUGGUCAAAGAAGCCGCCGCUCCCGUUGAGGAAAAGAAGGAGGCGAAGAAGAGUUCUAUCCCUCGUGUAAGUAUGAAGAGCAAAAUUGCACUUGGAAUGGCUGUCAAUGGUACACCGGCGAGGAAGAUGAGAAAGCGUUUGUGA